AUGGUUGGAAGUUUUAGCCGCUGUUUGUGGAUUUAUCGGAUUGUUGUCUUGGGUUGUGUUGGAUUGGUGAUGGGUUGUUGGGGUACAAGACAUUGUGUUUAUGAGAAGUUUAUGCAACAACGUGACUUAUCUAAACGGGUGGUAGAGGUCUUGUGGAAGUUGCACCGAGCUAAUACAGAAACAAUUACUCAAUGGGUUACAGAGGAGAUAGAAACACGUGCUUUAUGUGAUGAGCUAGCCCGGCAAAACGAACAGAUAUCGAUUAGUUUGCAAGCGGCCCAAACAAAACUGAAUGAGUUGAAGUUUAUUGGUAUUCAAAAAGAAGAGAUAGUUAAGCAAAUACCUGAAUUAGUCUCAAAACUAACAAGCCGGCCGGAUUAUUUACAAGCUUGGCAAAAAGAGAUACAGAGAUUGUUAGAUGGCCUCAAGAAUCUCAAUCAUUCUUUAGAGACUAGACAAAUGGAGCCAGAACAUAUGUCUGAAAUGAAUGAGUUGGAAGAUGUAGUAAACCAGAUCAAGUUAAUGCCCGUCCAAAAUAAACCUAAUUUAAAGCCGCCGAAGCCUGCCGGGCAUAAUAGUCUAAAUAAUACUACUCCGGAUACCUUUAUUGAUCUGCCUGGACCCAAAACCAACUCAAUAUCAAACCCCGAGGAAACUCAAACUUUCCAAGCAAGUGGGCUAAUAAUGGCGGAUGAGUCAAUGGAUGCACUCAUAGGAGAUGAUGUUGUUGGUGAUGAUGAUGAUGUUGCUGUUGUUGGCGAUGAGGAUGUUAUUGUGGUUGUUAGUGAUGAUGAUGCUGUUGUUGUUGGUGAAGCAGAAGUUGUUGUUGUUGAUGAUAGUAGUAGUGUUGACGAUGAUGUUGUUGUUGUUGAUGAUAAUAGUAGUGCUGGCGAUACUGUUUUUGUUGGUGAAGUAGAAGAAGAAGUUGUUGUUGUUGAUGAUAGUAGUAGUGUUGGCGAUGAUGUUGUUGUUAGUGAUGAAGAUGAUGAAGAUGAAGAAGAAGAUGAUGUUGAUGAAGGGGAUAGGGAUAGGGAUGGUGAGUGGGUUGUAAAUGGAAAUGACAAUCAAAGUAGAAAUCAGUGCAUGUCUGGUUUGUAUGGUGAAGAUGAAGAUCGUUGGAAUGCUGUGGAGAACGAUGAUGAUAUACUCGAGUCUAUUUUAAGUAAUGAGAUUAAGUGCCUUUAUGAGAUUCUGUUGCGGAAGUCUAAUAGAAGCAACAAGACAGAAAUGGAAUGUUUCCGAACCAACUUAUAUUUGUCAACAAGUACUAUGGUUGCCAAUAGGUUUGAACUGGUUAGUUAUAACCCUCAAAAGAAAUAUAUGGUUCGGUUAUCUAAAAACUGGACUAGAGAUUCUUUAAGAGAAUUACACAGUGUGCUAUCUAAUUUCAGCCUAUUCAAAUUCCAUGUCACCCAUAUUAUUAUUCUAACUCCUGAUGUAAUCUACAGUCUUCCUAUCUUAGGCAAACUCUUAUCUCUGGUUGAUUUUUAUCCAACGGAUAAUGAGAGUCCAUCACUUGUGAUUAGUAUAUCUCCAUUCCAGAAAACGACCGGCUUAAUCACAAACCCUUCCCUAUAUGAAAUUGAGCAGCUAGAACAGGCGAUACAAGGUUAUUUCCCAACUGCCGAACAAUUAACAUACUCUAUUACAUUGUAUAUUUGCUAUCUUACCGCAACUAUUCAGCAGGUUAUUUGGCCCUUAUUAUCCCGCCUGCCACUGAUUAUUUUAGGCCUCUAUUCUCCUACACUCGAUAAGAUCGACUUUCUUACCAAUAUGAACUGGCAGAACAAUUAUAGUAUUAGACUGGUUCUUCCAUACUCCAAUGCAGUUCUAUAUCUACCACCCCUGACUCAGAAAGAUAAACCAGUCCCAACUUGCAAGUUGCUAUUUAUUAGUACUAAGCCUUUCAAAGAAACGGACCCUCCAGGCCCGCCCUCAAGUGUUGUUGUCGCUGAUCUUACUGGAUAUAUACCAAACAACAACUCCAACCCCAACCCCAACAUUCAACCCACUGCCUUAGCUGUAACCUUUUCCUUUGAUGUUUUCAUAUCCUAUCUUAUCUUUGGCUAUAACUACCACCAUGCGGUCCAGUGCAUUUCACUACUCUGCCCACUUUCCCAAUAUGUCCAUAAGGAUGCCCUAGAUAUUGAAGCUCGACUACUAGCUGCCCACCCCACCUUAAUUCCUCUUUUUACACUUCAAAUCACCGAUACUUCUGCCGAGCCAAACGAGGACGGCUCAGUUGGACUCUCCCUUUGCCAAUCCAAUCGAAACCCGUCUAAAUCCAACUCAACCGACAGCAUAACAUCCCUCAGACAACUUAUCAACGACCUUGCCGAGGCAUCAGAAACAUCUCCCCCACCCCAAUUUGCCAUAUCUUAA